CUGUAGUCUUCCAACAAUUACAUUCUAGUUGGCAUUCUUAUUGUUAAAAACAAGUUAUUUAAAAAAAAGAAUUAUGUUGCGGAGCGCCAACACCGGCACGAUUCUGUGCGAAGAACAAUCAAGAUUCAUCUUGGAGCGCAUAGAUUCGGUCGAAAAACACUUCAGCGAACUGUGCGGAGCCUUCGCCGAUUUCACACGGAAAUGCGCCCGCCUGCGGGAGAAAUCCGACGAGCUAGCCCAUGUGGCCCAGGAAUAUUCCGCCGUGGAGAACUACAACAAGUCGCUCUCGAACGGAAUGUCAAGCUUGUCCAAGGCACUCACACUGAUUGGAGACUUUCAGGAUCUGGAAGUGAAGCGGUUAGAAAGUAGGAUAGUAUCUGAGCUGUCCCAGUAUGAACUUGUUUGCAAGCACUGCAAGGACAGUGUGAAGGAUGCUAUUCUCACGCGGGAUAAAGAGUUAGCUAAGCGCAAGCAGCUGGACCAGGCUAGGGCAAGAAAUGUACGAGGUAAAAAAUCAGCAAAAGAUGCUGAGCUGAUUAAAUCUAACUUGGACGUUUCUAAAAGUAUGAAGGCGAUGGAGGAGAUUGUGGGAAGGUUUGAGAAGCAGAAGCUAGUUGAUUUGAAAAGUAUGCUGAUGGAUUUCGUUAUGAUCGAGUUGAAAUUUCAUACGAACGCGGUGGAAGUGUUGUCGGCUACUUAUCAAGAUAUAUCAGACAUAGACGAAAAUAAGGACUAUCAGGGAGUUCACAAAGAGAUCAAAAGACAGAACAGGCAAUUCAAGAAAUAUCUGCAGCAAGAUGAGCACUCGGAUCGGUACUUCCUCCAAAGAAUUAAAUCACAAUCGAUGGGAGCUUUGAGUUCGAUGUUUGCCGCUACUUCUGCCGGUGGUCGCAAAAAUAAAAGUUCAAGUUCAAACUCUUUGAAUUCAUCUCAGGAACAGGAGCAACAUGAAACCAGCGCAGUUGUUCAGGAUCCACUGCGCAUACUGACUGCCAAUCGUAAAGGAAACUCUGAGGCAACAUUGCAAAGAUCUUCAGAAUUUUUGGACUCGAAGAAACACGAUCUCUCCGAUGACUCGAAGGAGUCUACUGAUGAAAGCGAUAGCGAUGAAGACUCCGACUCGGCAACGGAUUCCGAUGACGUUGAACCGAAGCAACAACCACAACCAACGAAGGUUGAUCCAAACUUUACCAUUAUUAAGCUUAAAGAUUAUAACUGACUUCAAUAAUCAACAAGUGCUUCAUACAAAUUUCCUAGAUUACUGAAGAACACCUCAAAGAAUUAUAUGUUAAACCGUUUCCUCCGACAACUUAUGUUGUUAAAUCGAUCAAUGGAAUCGUUCGGAACCUCAAGAUAUAACGCAAAUAAAAUGAAUUAUUGUGCUUUAUAUUUAAAUUUGUAUGUCCUUUUUUUUGGUUUACUUCGCUUAUGAUAGUGAUGGUUUUACAUAUGUUGUUUUGUUUCCAAGGAAAUACUAAUAAAAAUGUGUUGUAUCUUCAAUGCUGCGUUAAUUAUAUUUAUACCUAGUCGUACCGAGAUAUAUAUAAUUUUCGCUUUUGUAAAGAAAUGUGUGAAUAUCCAUGAGAGUCACAUUUCCUCAAUAUAUUUGUUUAAAUCAAAUCACUAAUGUGUACCGUUAAACGUAAGUGCGUAUAAGCAUUACAUAUUUUGCUUCCACCCAUGAGUUGGGCUGAUUGGGAAUAUGACUUACUUCCUGCUGCUGCAAUGAUUUUAAUGGCCUUCUACUUCUCGGAACCUUCUACGCCCGCCUGCUGCAUCAGAUCUGCAAUACUCUUUUCAAGAUCGUCUAUCCUGGAACCCAUGUCAUCGAUGCGUGUUAUGAUUUGAUCCGACAUCGUCUGGAACUUGUCCUGGACAUUCUGCAGCAAACU